CCUUCCACACCUUUCUGGGUUUUUUUUUUAAUUGGCAUCAUCAGUUUGUGCUGAAAUCAUUUGGGAAUGGGCAGAUGGCAGGUGUAGUAGCAAACCAGGCAACUCUGCUCAAGAUAGGAACAAAACCAGCACCAUAAACCAAAAGGAAGAUGUGGGGAAUCAGUCAACUUCUUGCCGCAGCGCUCAUUUGCCUCCUGGUUUGGCAGUUUCUGAAGCUGAGAUGGGCAAGUCGGGAGUUGCCGCCAGGACCAAUUCCUUUCCCUCUCAUUGGGAGUGUCUGGCGUUUGGAUCUGAAACUCAACCAAGAAACAUUCACAAAGAUGUCAAAGAGUUAUGGGAAAAUCUUCACCAUGUGGUUUGGGCACAAACCUAUGAUUGUAUUGAAUGGGUUCCAUGCGGUGAAAGAAGCAUUGGUCACAAACUCUGAAGAGAUGACUGGCAGGCCCAUGACGCCCUUUGUUAAUGAUACAAUGAAGGGGAAAGGAGUUCUGUUUGCAACUGGCCACAUCUGGAAGCAGCAGAGACGUUUUAGCUUGAUGGUUCUGCGGAAUUUAGGCCUGGGAAGGAAAGGCUUGGAGUACCGAAUACAACAGGAGGCCGGGCAUCUCACCGAUUUCUUCCUCAAUGAAAAAGGAAAGCCCAUGAGCCCAUCGUUCCCCAUCUUCUACUCAGUCUCCAACGUGAUCAGUGCCAUGGUGUUCGGACAUCGCUUCUCUUAUGAUGAUGAAAAAUUCAAGGAGAUGAUCAUGGCAGUUGACUUUAUGUUUCAUUUUUUGCCCAGCCCUUUUCGAAUUGCUUAUGAUCUUUUCCCAAGCCUGAUGCGCUUCCUUCCAGGAUCCCACCAGAAGGCUUUCUUUUACCUGGAACUGGGGCACAAGUUCAUAAGAGAAGAGAUAAGGAGCCAUGAGAAGACUAGAGAUCCCGUUGACCCACAGGAUUUCAUUGACUACUAUUUGGAACAGAUAGAAAAAACCAAAGAUGACCCCAUCAGUACGUUUGAUGAUGAAAACCUGGUCCACCUAACUACCGACUUCUUUGCGGCAGGGACAGAAACAACAUCUGUAACUCUUCUCUGGGCCUUGCUUUACAUGGUAGCUUACCCUGACAUCCAAGAGAAAAUCCACAAGGAACUUCGGGAUGUCCUUCCACCUUGUCACAAGAUCUGCUAUGAGGAUCGGAAGAGGUUGCCUUAUACGAAUGCAGUCAUUCAUGAGGUCCAGAGGAUAUCUAAUAUUCUGCUGGUUGGAUCCUUCAGAGAAUGCCAAAAAGAUAUCACCUUGCAAGGCUUUCUCAUCAAGAAGGGUACUGUCGUCAUCCCAGAUGUUGCUUCUGUUUUGUAUGAUCCUGAACAGUGGGAGACACCACGUCAAUUUAAUCCAAACCACUUCCUAGAUAAAGACGGAAAUUUCUUUUGUAAAGAAGCCUUCAUGCCUUUUGGAGUUGGCCAUCGUAUUUGUUUAGGGGAGCGUUUGGCAAAGACUGAACUCUUCAUUUUCUUCACCAGCCUCCUGCAGACAUUUAAAUUCCAAUCUCCAAAAGGAGCAAAGGUCAACAUAGAACCUAAGACUGGAGGCCUAGCCAUGGUUCCACAACCCUAUGACAUUUGUGCAAUUCCUUAUUAGAUG